AAAAUGUGUGACGAAGAGAUCGCCGCGUUGGUUAUCGAUAAUGGUUCAGGGAUGUGCAAGGCCGGUUUCGCAGGUGAUGACGCACCACGUGCUGUAUUCCCGUCGAUCGUUGGACGUGCCCGCCAUCAGGGAGUGAUGGUUGGUAUGGGCCAAAAGGACUCGUACGUCGGCGACGAAGCCCAGAGCAAGCGAGGUAUUCUUACGCUAAAGUACCCAAUAGAGCAUGGAAUCGUAUCUAAUUGGGAUGAUAUGGAGAAAAUUUGGCACCAUACCUUCUACAAUGAGCUCAGAGUGGCUCCCGAAGAGCACCCAGUUCUGCUGACCGAAGCUCCACUAAACCCGAAAGCCAAUAGAGAGAAGAUGACGCAAAUUAUGUUCGAAACUUUUAACUGCCCAGCUAUGUACGUCGCGAUUCAGGCUGUGCUCAGUCUGUACGCGUCAGGACGCACCACAGGAAUUGUGCUUGACUCGGGAGAUGGCGUUUCCCACACCGUUCCGAUCUAUGAGGGAUAUGCUCUGCCACAUGCUAUACUGCGACUUGACCUUGCAGGACGUGAUCUGACCGAUUACCUAAUGACUAUUUUGACCGAAAGAGGAUACACUUUCACUACUACCGCUGAACGAGAAAUCGUACGUGAUAUCAAGGAAAAGCUGUGCUAUGUUGCUUUAGAUUUUGAACAGGAAAUGGCUACAGCAUCCACUUCGUCGGCACUGGAAAAAUCUUACGAACUUCCUGAUGGACAAGUUAUUACCAUCGGAAACGAACGGUUCCGCUGUCCAGAAACACUAUUUCAGCCAUCUUUCAUCGGAAUGGAAACCGUUGGAGUCCACGAAACUGUGUUCAACUCAAUUAAGAAAUGUGACGUUGAUAUUCGUAAGGAUCUGUUUGCUAAUACUGUACUGUCGGGAGGUUCUACAAUGUUUGCUGGAAUCGCCGACCGAAUGCAGCGCGAGCUAACAUCUCUAGCUCCAUCCUCCAUCAAAGUCAAAAUCAUUGCCCCACCGGAACGCAAGUACUCUGUCUGGAUCGGUGGUUCCAUUCUGGCCUCCCUAAGUACGUUUCAACAGAUGUGGAUUUCCAAACAGGAAUACGACGAAGCUGGCCCUGGAAUCGUUCAUCGCAAGUGCUUUUAA